AUGUCGACCCAGACAAUUCGUCUGCGCCUCAGCAUCCGCAGACAUUCUGUCCCUGAAGUCAGACUCGUCUGGCCCUGCGUCGCAACCGAAGACCUUACCGUAUCGAAGCUUCUCGCGCUGGUUAAUGAAGUGGUGCCACUGGAGAGUGGUGAUUGGGGUCUCGAGGACUAUGUUGUCGAGCUGCCCGAUGAGAAGGGCGAUAGUUUCGAGCUGCUACAUUUCCAGCCCGUCGGCAAAGUCUUGAAGCAGGACGACCAAGUUUUAGUUAGAUCACUAUCCACCGACGAUUUAAGACGACGAAGACUUAGCGGACGACACCAAAUAUCCUACGAUGGCAAACAUCUUAUCGAUGGUCUUGCGUUUGGUAGGCCCUGGUUGAGGGCACCACGCGACCGUCCAGCGCUUGACCUACCCCCACGAAAGCGAGCACGUAUCACACACGAAGAAGAACUCGACGAAGACGAUGCUUCUUAUGCAGACGAGGAUGCUCAAUCGGAGCAGCUCUUGCUUGAAGAUUCGACCUCUUCAAAGGUGGAUGAACCAGGCAGUGUUCGUUUAAGGGCAAGAUUCGUGGACAUCGAUCAGCUUGACGAGGAGGACGAGGAGGAGCUUGACGAUGAACCCGAUUUUCAAUCUACAGGAAAUGUCCUCUUACAACAUGCAGUUGCCGAGAACGAUGACGAAGAGGAAGGCUCCGAAGCUAGCGAUGAGGAUGAGCUGGACGAAGAUCUUUCUGAUGAGCUAAGGCUUCUACAGGAGGAUAACGCUUUGGUUGAGCAAGUACCACAAGAGCAGCAAAGUCUGUCGGAAAACGAAGAUCAAGACCCGCAAGCCCUUCAACCUACAAACGCAUUUGACAUUUCAUGGCUUGACAAGAUGACUUCUCUACGGGCUGCGUUCCCUUUGACAUCGAUAUCUAUCAUCUCAGAUCAACUGGAACGAAACGGGAAAGAUUUGAGGACGACAUACCAUACCCUUGCUGCGACCAACAAGCCGAUGAUCAGCUUCGACGAAGCAAUGGAACGCGCUUUUCUAGGUUAUGGGAUUGAAGAACCUCAGCUAUCGGAUCAACAGAGCUCGGACGAAGAAGAGCCCGACAGUCAAGUGUUGCGUUUUCCAGGACAACCAGAACCUGCGAACCCCACCCGUCCACUAAUUCAAGAGGUAGACGAUGAGCAGUUCCCUCUGAGUGCCUCCAUCGGAUUAAACAAUGAGACAUCGAGGCCUCUGAUCAGUCUAGUGGAGGAGGAAGACGCCGAAACCUCAAGCUCUAGCAGCAGUUCGGGGUCGGACUCGGACUCGGAUUCUGACUCUGACGAGGAUAUGAUUGAGAAGCCAGAGCUGGAUUCCGAUAGUGAUUCCGAUGAUUCUGACGACGAUUCUGCUAACACCGGCCUGCCACCUUCGCUCCCUAACAAUAGGGAUGUGUCAAGCUCGGACGACUCAGACUCGAGCGAUUCUGAUUCCGAUUCCGAUUCGGACUCUGACUCCGACUUAAGCUCUAAUUCUACCAAGGCUGUUGGGGCUCUCAAAGACCCCGUUGGGAGUCACUCGGGUGACGGAAGCGACAGUUCUAGUGAUUCUGAUUCUAGCUCAAGUAAUUCUGACUCCGAGUCGGAACCGGAAGAAGUUUCGUCGAAAAAGGAGGCACAGACAAAGCAACCCCAAGCCCCUGUAGUAUCCGAACCAAAGCCUCUCAUUCAAGCUGUUGACUUAGUCUCGAAGCCUGUCGAAGAGACAAAGCCUCCCGGCGCUGGUUUGACAAGGACGAAGAAGAGAAACGCAAGGAGACGGGACUCCAAGCGUAUCAAGGCGAUGCAAAGCUUGGAAGAUACUCAAUCUCAGCCAUCUGCCAAUGGUACUACAAGUGAGGAAGCCGAGUUUCUGGCUCGGAAGCGGGCCCUCUUGAGCGUUGUCAGUGACGAGAACGAAGAUGUUCAAAGUCCGCCGAAAGACACGUCCGUCUCAGAGACUAGACCAAUGAUAGUUGAAGUUGAAACGGAGGAAACACCGGCAUCGACAACAAACCAGGAUGCAGCCUCAACAGAAGAAUCCCAUUCAACUCAGCGUCGCCACAAGGUCGAUAUGGGAGCUGGCCGACGACUUCUCCUCGGUGCUCUUGGGCUCAAAAACCCAAAAUCAAAGGCUGAUGAGGACAAAAUUCGUGCCAACUUGAUGAAGGAUGUAAAGUCUCUACAAAACCCUCGACUUCAGACUGCUGAAACCAAGAUCAACGGUGCUGAGCCGACAGUGGACCAAGAGGACGAGGACCCAGAAGCAUGGCGUAAAAAGAUCUCGUACCGGGCUGUCGAAUGCUGCCAAGAUGAUGUCACAUUGAGCGAACCACCAUUUCCAUUUGUGCAACGAUGGGACCCCCAACAGCAAUAUUCUGCGAGAAAGCGAAAGAGAAACUCUCAAAGCUUCAACGAUGAGACUUACUAUGAGGAAGAUUCUCAAUGGAACGGAGACGGGGACGAAGAGUGGAACGACAACAAUCAAGAGAAGAAAAAGAAAAAGAAGAAACGCAAGAGUAAGGGAGCCCACGACGGGGGAUAUGAAGAAGAAACACCCGAAAGCUCCUAUGGCGGGACAGGAGCGCAUGAUGACGAGGAUAUCGUGUUGAACUACGACGACAUACCGAGUAAACCCGAAGACAGUCAAUUUACGGACAUGGACGAUCUCCCUUCACUUCCUUCAGAUCUCAGUACCCUUCCAAGCCUCGAAUUCUCCCAAACCAAACCAGGCAUGGUCAUCACCUGGAAACAGUUGCUUCUGUCCAAAGCAACUAAAUGGCAACCCGAAAUGGUUCCCAUGACAGGCCUUAUUCUGUCCAUAAGUGAGGAUAGAUACUUACACGUGGUGCUGGCAAAGAGAGACCGGGACGAAAACGACAAAGAGUACGAUGAGCACACGGGCCAACGAGUCUAUGCAAAGUUUGAAGCGCCAGACUUUGACGACGAUAAUGAGGAGGAGGACGAUGGACGAAGAGAGAUUUCCUGGGCAGAGAUGUCCGACCCGAGACUGGUCCAGCCCGAGCCGUCAGCCAACAAUUCGGAAACCAUUGCCAAGAGCACAGAGGUUUCAACCGAAAGUACCAAACCCGUUCAGGAUACAGAUUCUACGGCACACAUCAAGGUUAGCACGAGAAGAGAUCCUGAUGAGACUAUGGCUGAGGAGUUAGAUACGCAGAAAGUGAGAGCCGAGGUGGAGGCCGAUUUGAAGGAACGAGAAGCUGCAGGCCAGCCCUCAGAAACCGACAAGUUAACCUCGAUCCCUUCUGGCCAACAGCCACCACGGCUCGAAUUGACGGGCGACGCAGACGACAGCCCGAUCACCAGUUUUAUUCGACCUAUUGAUACACCGAGUGAUAUGACUGACAGUCCUACCCAACAACUUCGGGAAACUCUACGAGCCGCUAUCGUUCGGGAGCGAAUUUCUUUGAUUCAUGAUUCAGCGGGUUGUUCAAAUAGUAAUGAGGAGGAGACAGAAAUUAAUGGGUUGGGUGGAGCGAAAGAUGUUAAAGACCCCGAAGAGCUGGUGCAUACAGUUGAGGCUGGCUGGGAUACAAUUGUUCCUGACAGUCUACCAUCGCCAGAACUUCCACCACUUCCUACGAAAGACGACAUCCCUGUGGACCAUCAUCUGCUUGUGGUGCCGUCGUCUGCGGGUAGUAUUCACAGCAGGCGACAGCCACCAUCGGUCAGCGGUCUUGAAGAUCUUCCUGAGGAACGAGUUGAGGGCUCAGUUGGGGCGGAAAUAAAUGACGAAUCUCGCAAGCGAUCCCCAAGUCCUCAAAUAACGACUGUGUCUGUAAGGAGUAGCAGUCCUUUUCCUUCCUUGGAAGAAAUUUUCCACACAGCAAGGCAGACACAAAGCCCAGCGAAGUUCUCGCAGCGGUCAGUGGCUCGAUUUGUGAAGCCUGAGAAAGGAGAUCUGGAAUACCACGAGGCAAUGCGGAAAUUAGAUGAGGGCGAGGAAGAGUCUGAUCGUUCGCCUGAUCGCAACAAAUCUUUACGGAGCCUGUUCCCACAUUCAACACAGUCAGAUCUCAAAGAGGGCAGUCCUUUGCGACGUUCAUUUAAGAGUGAGGUGUCGAAGAUUGAUGUGCCCGAAGCUGAGCAUAUUGCAACACCACCAGCAUCGCAAAAGAUCAAACGAGAAGCGCAUUUCACGGUACCGGAAGCCAGCCAGGUUAUUGAACUGAGCUCAAGCCCAUCAUCCGUACAAUUCACCGAAGACUAUGCUCAGGACAGUGAAGACGAGACUUAUCAGGAUCAAGAUACUCCGCUGCCACAGGGUGAAGGCUGGGUACAGAAGAACGUCAGCAAAGUCGAGACACGAAGCCGAGGGAAGAGUCUUCCAGCGAAAGCUUCAACAACUACAACGACUUCAACGAACAAGACGACAAGUGUGCAAACCCGGACUGUUCGCGGGCGGACAUCACUUCCACCUGCUCGCGAUGUAACCGCGAGCGCCUUCAGUCAGAUCAGAGGACGUAGGAAGUCAACGCGCAAGUUCUGA